GCUCCGCGGGCCGCGGGCACGCUCCCGGCCGCUCUCCAGCGCGGGAUCCUGAGGCGCCGCGUCUCCCCUCGGAGCCCAGUGUCUUUGCAUCUUGGCUUUCAGUUUUCUGGAAGUUCCCAGUCUUACUUUCUAUGAUGUCAUCCUCCAGAAGAAGUCGGACUCAGAAGAUGAGGGUGCCCCAGUUUGCUCAAAGGGGACCACUGGAGGUUCCACUCCCCACAGAGAAGGACUGGCCUGUAGAUGAUGAAGAAAAUUAUGAAUUUCAGGACCUGAAUAUGGGUCUGGAUUCCCUGCCUCAGCCUUACCGAAUGAUCAGCAAGCUGGUAGACCUUCUGAUUGGCUGGGCAUGGGAACUUAUUGAAGAGAGAGAGAUGCUGAAGGAAGUUGAGAGCAAUCAGAUCCCACCUACCAUCUACUCUCCAUGUGCAGAAAUCCAGCAUAGCACAGUACCCAGUUGUAUGACUAUUGCCCAAGAUUAUCUCUUUAUUGGAGGAGCCAAAGGAUUCUCCAUCUAUAAUCUGUACAAUGCUAAAAGAAUGUAUGUUUGGGAGAAACCUAAGGUUGAUGUCACUCACAUCUGGGCCACAGAUUUAGGAAAUGAGAUACUUAUUGUGCCUGUGGAUAAAAUGGGUAUCGUUAGACUGUUUUACUUUUAUAAGGAUGUUCUUUUCCUAGUCAAAGCUAUCAAUGAAGUGGAUGACACCAGCAAGCAAAGCACCUGUGUAAAAAUGAAAAUCUCUUAUGGCGGGGACUUUGCAGCCUUCCUUCUCCAAGGAUCUGGGGAUGUUUGGCUAGAUGUGUAUAAAUUGCCCAAGGAUUCUUGGCUCAAAGAAGUGGAGCACCCCCAACUCGCUCUAAAUUCAAAGAAAAAAAUCAGACAGCCGCAACUGAACCCCUUGGAUCCUGUUACUGCAGAAAAUGCUGAAAUGGAUGUAAGCAUUUCUUUUAAAGGUGAUGUUAAGUUGAGUCUUCCAGUUUACAUAAUGAAAAUAAAACCACCUAAACCUAUAACAGGCACCACAUUUAAAAGCCCCCUGGAAUGCUUUGCAAAGAUAGAAGACUACUGUGGGAUGGGCUCUGGGCAGAAUCACUUCAUCAGGGACAGUCACUGGGAGCAGCACAUGGAGGUCUUCUAUACCACCUACAAGAAGCACCUGGACAAGGAGCGGGAGGAGGAGCCACUCAGUGUGGCCACGUUCCAUUUCCUCCUUCCUAGCUGCAUAACCACGAUGCCAUCAGAAGCCAAGAUCCCCCCGGGUGUAGUCUGUACCCUUGGCAUGCACUGGACUGGAAGUCACAAUUUCUUCUUCUACUCACUGAACAAGAGUCCGAAGGAUAAAGUUGACCCUGAGAAUGUGUGGCCCUGUGCCGCACCUAUUGCCAUGUCUCAGCUCAGCGGCAGCUCCUCCUACCUGGUGCUGGCCUGUGAGGAUGGUGUGCUCAUACUAUGGGACCUGAUCCAAGGAUUCCCCUUUGGGGUCGUUGCUCUUCCUGAGGGGUAUUUCUGCCAAAGCAUUCAAUUCCUAAGAUUCUUCGUGGUCCAUGAAGGACAGAAUAUGUACCCCGAGGGCCCCGUGAAAUCCCAGAUGAAGUGUGUGGUGCUAUGCACAAAUGCUUCCCUCCACCUGGUGUCAGCCAGUGGGACCCGUGGACCCACCAUAGAAGUGCUUGUUAAGAAGCCUUUGAAGCACCUGGAAGAAGCCAUCUGCACAGUGGCUGUCAUCCCAGCCUUGCCUGGCAUGGUGCUAAUUUUUUCCAGAAACCACUCUGUGAGCCUCAUGGACGUGGCCAAGGCUGAAAUCAUCUGUGCCUUUGCUUCCCCCGUAAGCCACCAGCUGGAGGUCUCCUGGAAGCCACUGUUCAUAGUGUCUGCAUACCACCCAUAUUUCCUGAUCCACAGUAUGGAAGGAAGCCAUUCAGAUGGUGAAACUGAACCUACCAAUGAUGCUGAGAACACCUCAAACUCAAUUCUCUAUUUCAAUUUUGAGGCCUAUCCACUUUUGGAAAACAUCUCCAAAAAUUGCACCAUUUCUCAAAAGGUCUUAGCAGAUUGCAAUGCCUUACCCCAGGUGUUGCCUCUGGAGAAAAAAUGUGAGCUGCUCCUCCAAAAAAGCUUCCAGAAGCUGGCAAAGAACGAGGCAAAUAGACGUGAUUGGUGGGUCCGGCUGCGGAAGUACUCCAUGUUUCUCCAUAGAGAGAACUUAAAGAAGUGACCUUGCCCUGGGACUCUGAAGAGGUUCCAGCCCAGGCAGCCACUGCAGGACACCCUGAAGCAGAAGACUGUGCCACAGAGCUUCAGCUCAGGCCCUGGCCUUGCAGUCUAGAGAAGGUAUUUUGUGGACCUUCAAACACUAAGCAUCUCAUCAGUGCCCUCAGGUGGACAUGUCACUCAAAUAAACAGACUGCAAGUUGCUGUGGUAUGUGCCCCAUUAU